AUGAGUGAGGCUUACCAUGUCGUUCCGUGGUUUAAUAGCGAAGAGUGGCACAGUGUCUAUAACGAUUUAGCAAAUAUGUCUUCAAAUAAAGAAAAGUUGCUUGAACGUUUACUUGUGUGGAAAGCCAGAAGCCCAUCUCUGCCAUCCGGCAUUGAGUCAACAUUGAGUUUGUUGCAAGUUCACAUUGAAGAUAAAAAGAAUUCCGACGAUGGAAGCAGUGAUCAAUUACUGCGUUUGGCAUAUUCAUCUGCCAUCAUGCGAUUUGUUAACCAUAUGUUAGACACAGUAACAGUAAAAGGCUCCAGUUUAUACCAAGCAGCUAGAACCUUAGGCGUCCCAGACUGGGUCGUUGACUUGCGACACGAUACAGCGCACAGUAACACACUGCCGCCCUUAAAAUUGCUAAGGGAUGGAUGUGCAAUUAGUUUACACUGGCUUCAAUUAAAUUACUGGGACAAACUAAAGCCAUACAUUCAAGAUUAUGUUUGCGGACAGGAAUACCCUGUUGCUGGAGAUUCAUACAAAAUCGCAGCACUGUUUAAUUUUUAUAUUUCAUUAGGGAUAUGCACUCAGACAAAACUGAAAAUCAAAAACUUAUCAGAAUACCAAAUGCGAAAAUGAGAGAUACAAUAGUGAGUAAUGCGAUAGAAUUGCUUCAGGACCAUGUUGAUCUGUCCAAUCUAAAAACUGUGUCUAUUAAUUCACUUAUUAACACAUUGAACCUUGAAGGUAAAAAGCUCUUGAAGGUGAAGGAGCCGAGCGCAGUUAUGAAUGAGAUAUUACUUGGAAAUGAGUCGCUGCUGCUUUCAAAGGAACUUUUAUACUUCUUUGGUGCAAGUGACUUUAAAUACAAAAAUAAAUUAUGCAGUAGCUAUGUUAAAUGCUUUGAAAUGUUGUUGGCAUUCCUUCAUACAAAUGAUCUAUUGUUGGAUUUAAUUCUGGGGCUUAUAAAGAUCACACAAAGUCAAGAAAGUGGACAUUUUAAAUCUAAACUAUCUGCCUUGUGGCUAUCAGAAAUUUUAGCUGCUCUCAAGAUAUCACAAAAUAUUGACAAAAAAAUGAGAAAAAUGAGUUUUGAUGACAAAACUUCAAAGAAGAGGAAAGAUUUAAAACGCUUAUAUGAACAUUGGUACCCUGGCAGUAGCAUCAAAAAUACACUUCUGUUGGACCUUCAUAAAUCUGUCCCUGCGGAGCUACAAGACAUCAGUGAAAUCAACCCAAUAAUUACUGCUUACAGUAAUUAUUUAACUUACUUUAUAAGUGAUCUGUUAGACUUACUUGAGCCUAACCUGCCAACAAUGGUCUCACAAAAAAUUUGCACAUUGGCUAAAUUAAUAUCAACUCCAGAAAAGUUCCCCAUUACUACAACUUCUGUGAUUUACACAGUUGAUGAUUUGGAAGAAAAUGAUGAUGUUAUGAUUAUUGAAAAUACUGAACAGGAAUGUGGAAAUGAAGAUACAAUCAACAGGCCUGGUGCACACCCAGAAUCAACAGUAUUUGGAAAUUAGCUGCCAAUGACUUAGACUGGUCAACUUGUCCUAUCGGUAAACUGCCUUGACUAAAGUAUCGGAAAUAGAGAUGGAAACAAAUUAA